UCUCGCAGGCGAGUCAAGCACUGGCAUCUUGGAAGCAACAAACGAUUUCCACGUCCAGUUGCACCAUUCUCCAUGGCUGCAUAUGUAGGUAGGAGGUGGCUCCAGGAUGACCGCACGUUCGACGAUUAUGAAGGCGGACCAACGAUCGAGAUGUUAGUAGCUCCAAGGGACAUCAACACAGCGAUUACAUUCCAGGGUGGAGGAAUCCAGAUCUCGACCGCUUGGGUGGACUGGGUUGAUCAUGGCUGGCGCAUCACUCCUAGCUCAUUCCACAUGUUCUAUCAAUGCGACCCCAUAGCUACCAUGGACCAUGUCAUGCCCAUUGGUACAACCGACUCCUACGAUCCAUCAAAUCAGGUUCCAGACCGCGUAACAGGUGCAUAUAGCCUGGAUCGGCGAGAGUCAGAGGGAGAAGGACACCACACGCAGGUCACCGAUGUAGAAAUCUUGUCUGCUUCUGAGCUCAUCGAUUGUGCCCAAUACGACCCCCCACUACAUGAUGAAUGUAGGUUCGGACACAAUGCCUUUGUGCGUGGCCACACCAGUGAUGGUGAUGGUGAUGGACCAGCCUUGUAUGUCGACCUUGAACGAGAUGCAGUUCAAUUUUCGGAAGAUGAGAUAGAGACUUCAGUGGACAUAGACAGCAUCAUCUGGACCACAAAGGUGUUCCGAUGCAGGGGAUCCGUGGGCAUCUAUAUUACCCCACCAUUUCAAACGAAACCUGGCAUAUUCAAGCACAAUCACACAUAUGUCGACAUCACAAUUCCACAAUCAGAAGCAGAUGCCAGUAUGGCUGGUGGCAGGACGGAAUGGCUAUCCAAAAGAUUUCCGAUGUCUGCCAUCCCUCACACCUGCAUCGGGCGCAUGUCUUCCGCUUCAUCGACACUCAAUCUAUACGUCGCGUUCCCAAGGAUGAUACAUCAACACCCAGUGAAUGGCCGGAGAAUCACGCUCAUGCCAAAGGAGGUUUUGGACAUCUUCUGGGACAGGGUGCUGCUUCCAUCCAUAGGAGACUGCACUGAUGUCAGUUGGGCGCCUUACCUUAAGCACACAUUAGAGGAGGCACGAUACAAGGCCAGAGGUGUGGAUGGACGCAAAGGCGGAUGGGGACAGCCAAAGACGAUCCCCCUGUCAGAUGAUGACUUCAGAGACGUGCAGGAACGUAUGGAAGCUCGCAUACACGAUGGAGAGGGUGAGCUCAGCAUGUAUGGGUCUUUGUUCUUCAUUCUAGAAGGGAAGGGAAUCAAGCUCCUCACGAAGGAUGGUCAAAGGGGGCGUUUUUUGGGACCGGAAGAGGCACUGCGUCGAAACCUGUCCGACCUUGACUGGCCAUAUAUGAUGAACCGGAAGCAUGGCGAACUCCUGGUGGAUGUUGGGAUCUCAUUCACACCUCAUUCCCCAGAUGUUCCAGUUGUAGGAGUGUGGAGACUAGAUGCAUUGGAAGCAUCCUUUGGAGCAGGAGGAUACAAGAGAGGGGAGAUACACCAUCACAACACGCUCUCUAGAUAUGGGGCACUGCAGGCUGAGAUGCAGCGGGAGAGAUCUCAGCAGACCCAUAUCGCAUUCAGGAGCACAUACAACCUAUACUACGAAUCCAUCCGGACGAACACCAACCAAGUGCAUUUCGCAUCUGACGGUGAUGCAUACAAGCUAUCCCCAUCGUACAUGGCUGAAUGCUUUCAAAUCGCAAAGGUCAUCGAUGGUUGCAAGGAAAAAACAUAUGGUGUCAGGGAUGAGUAUAGGGUCAGUGGACAUGCAGCCAGAGUAAUACUAGAUAAUAUCGAAAGCAAGGCUAGAGAGUAUCUGCAGUCAGAUCCGGUCUUGUGGAUCCCAUCCAAGAUCUGGUUUGAGCUUAUCAGGCGACGGGUGCGAGAGGUUCAGAGGACACAAAUAUCCAUCGUCAAAAGGAAUCCUCCCAAUCUCGGCAUUCUCACUGGCUUGCUGAACCACAUGCUUCGUUCUACUAUAUCGACCCCUAUCGUCUAUGACUUUCAUGUCCGUGAAUCCCUUGCCCUCCUCGAAUAUCGAAAUGUCCUCGAGACAGCAGGGAUGUUUUUCUUACAGGACUUCGAUAUGGAGAGCAACACCUGCCUGGAGGAGGUGCAGCAAAUAGAUGAUGUGAAUGUGCUUGCCCUCAUGGGUGUAAGUGCGAAGGCUCAAAGGGAUAGAGCGGUUGGAAGGAUGGACACUUGGCGAAAUACUGAGUCAGAACUGGAGGACUAUCCUAUCGGCCGGACUCCAACAUGGACUCGACUAAAGGCAGCCAUUGCAAGCUCACCUGCAAUGGUCAUGAGACCAUGGACAUGGACAUCCAGCUUAUCUAACACUCAACUCUCUGUUGGACGUUUGAUCGUCAUGUUCACAAGACACGUAUGGCUCAUGCUGAUGCCCGAAGUCUUUAAAGGCAUCAGACCAUACCCGAACUCGCUCCAGGAGGCCAUGAAGUGCUGGACAAUAACAAGCAUCGACGACACCCUAGCUGCAGUCGCGUUUGAAGCAUGUAAUGCUGGGCUGCAUGACCAUAUGGGCGUCACACCAGGUCGCAUGGGUCCCAAGUCAAGGGCAUUUGUGAACAGGUGCUCUAUAUUCUUUCCUGAUCCAGAUGCUUCCCAUAAAGACAACGCUCAAUGGUCCGUGCUGUGGGAGGGAGAUGGGUACAUCGCAGAGUUUCAUAGGACGAUGAAAACGAUGGAUGAGGAUCAGCAGGAAUUGCUGAAGCAAGGUUUAUGCAAGGUGUUUUCUGAUAUUCACUGUCUUCCUGCAAGCGGUUCAAGAGUGUGGACGCAGAAGAAUAAUUCAAUAGUAUUCAUGACGAAUCCUGCAUUUUACAGGAUUGACUGUGUUGGAAGGAGCGGCGAGAGUCAGAGAAGAGCCCCAAGA